AUGAAAGCGGUUGUGCUUGCCCUGGCUCUGGCCUUCGUGGCCGUGCAAAGCACUGACUUUGCCCCUGAGUUUACUGCCGGUAACACCUAUAUCUACAAGUAUGAAGCAUUCAUCCUGGGUGGACUCCAUGAGGAAGGUUUGGCGAGAGCUGGAGUCAAAAUCAUCACCAAAGUUCUCCUCAGUGCCGAAGACCAUGAUACGUAUAUUAUGAAGCUUGUGGAACCUGAGCUCUAUGAGUACAGCGGUUAUUGGCCCAAGGAUCCAGCAGUGCCUGCAACCAAGCUGAAGGCAGCUCUGGCACCUCAGCUUGCAAUGCCCAUCAAGUUUGAAUAUAACAACGGCAUUGUGGGAAACCUUCAUGCUCCUGAGGAAAUCUCAACUUUUGUGAUGAACAUUCACAGAGGCAUUCUGAAUAUCCUGCAGCUAAACAUCAAGAAGACCCAUAAAGUCUAUGAUCUGCAGGAGACCAGUACUCAGGGUGUGUGCAAGACACUCUAUACCAUCAGUGAAGAUGCACGAAUUGAAAACAUCCUUCUGACAAAGACCAGGGACAUGAACAACUGUCAUGAAUGGAUCAUGAAAGACAUGGGGUUGGCAUACACUGAGGAACAUAAGCACCAUCGGGAAUUCAAAAACCUGAGAGGCACCACAACAUUCAGUUACGUCUUGAAGCCAGUUUCUAAUGGUGUGAUGAUCCUGAAGGCAGAGGUCAAUGAGUUGAUCCAGUUUUUACCUUUCUCUGAGGACAAUGGAGCUGUUGAGAUGAAGACCAAGCAGUCCUUGGUGUUCCUUGAGAUUGAGAAAGCUCCUAUUCCAGCCAUUAAGGCCGAGUACCAUGAUCGUGGAUCUCUAGAAUAUGAGUUCUCCUCUGAACUUCCUCAGACACCGCUUCAGCUUAUCAAGAUCACCGAUCAUCGGGCCCAGACUGUUGAUAUUGUGAACCACCUGGCUACCCACAAUGCUGAGUAUGUCAGUGAGCAUGCGCCUUUGAAGUUUUUGGAAAUGAUCCAACUCCUCCGUGUAGCUCACUAUGAAGACCUGGAAUUGUACUGGAACCGGUUCAAAAAGAUGCCAGUUCACAGACGCUGGUUCUUGGAUGCCAUCCCUGCAACUGCAACUCCUGCUGCUCUAAAGUUCAUCAAGGAGAAAUUCAUAGCUGAUGAGAUGAAUGUGGCUGAGGAAGUUCAGGCUUUUGUUGCGGCUGUUCACAUGGUCUCAGCAAACACAGAGACUAUCAAGAUUUUUGAGACCCUGAUGGACAACCACAAAGUAGUGGCAAACCCAGUUCUGCAUGAGAUCAUCUGCCUUGGCUAUGGUACAAUGAUUUAUAAAAACUGUUCUGAGUCAUCUGUCUGUCCUGCUGAAUACAUAAAGCCCAUCCAUGAGCGUCUUGCUGAAGCUGUUGCUAAAAACGACAUAGACAACAUUGUCCUGUCCUUGAAGGUCUUAGCAAAUGCUGGACAUCAUUCUAGCAUCAAGUCAAUCACAAAGAUCUUGCCCAUUCAUGGUACUGCCGCUGCAUCCCUGCCAAUGAGAGUCCAUAGUCAAGCCAUCAUGGCCCUGAGGAACAUUGCAAAGAAAGAGCACAGACCGGUCCAGGAACUGGCACUUCAGCUCUACAUGGACAAGGCUCUGCACCCAGAACUCCGUAUGCUUUCAUGCAUCGUUCUUUUCGAGACAAAGCCUCCUAUGGGAUUGGUGACCACUGUUGCCAACUCGGUGAAAACAGAGGAGAACUUGCAGGUUGCUAGCUUCACUUACUCUCACAUGAAGUCUCUGAGCAGGACCCCAGCCACCAUCCAUUCCUCAGUCGCUGAAGCUUGCAGAGUUGCUAUGAAAAUCUUGGGUUCAAAGUUGGACAGACUGAGCUUCCGUUUCAGCAGGGUUGUCCAUGCUGACAUCCACAACAGCUCCUUGAUGCUUGGUGCUGCUGCUACUGCUUUUUACAUCAACGAUGCCGCCUCCAUUCUGCCUAAAUCUGUCAUCGCCAAGGCCAGAGCCUUUAUUGCUGGCGUUUCUGCUGAUGUCAUAGAGAUUGGAGUGAAAUCUGAGGGACUUCAGGAAGCUAUUCUCAAAAACCCUGCACUUGCUGAAAAUGUUGACAGGAUCACCAAAAUGAAGCGUGUCAUCAAGGCUCUGUCUGAAUGGAGGUCUCUGCCCACCAGCAAACCUCUGGCUUCCAUCUAUGUCAAGAUUUUUGGACAAGAGAUUGGCUUCGCCCACAUUGACAAAACUAUGAUUGAUCAGGCUGUUGAAUAUGCCAAGACAUUACAUGUUCAGGAAUUUGGAAGAGAUGCUCUGAAGACUCUGCUUCUGUCUGGUAUUGAUUUCCACUAUACUAAACCUUUGUUGGCUACUGAGAUGAGACGCAUCUUACCCACUGCUGCUGGUGUGCCAAUGGAGCUCAGUCUGUAUUCUGCUGCUGUGGCCACAGCUGGUAUUAAGAUCAAGCCCACCACAACACCACGUCUGCCUGAAAACUUCCCCCUCAGAAGUCUUUUGGAAACUGAUAUUGAGCUGGAGACUGAGAUCAAACCAAGUGUUGCUAUGAACACAUACGCCGUGAUGGGACUUAAUACCGACGUUCUCCAGGCUAAUGUGGUAUUCAAAGCUCAUGCCUACACCAUUUUGCCCGCAAAAAUUAAUGCAAGACUCGACAUUAAAGAGGGUGACUUCAAGAUUGAAGCUCUUCCUGUUUCUGUGCCUGAAAACAUUACAUCUAUAAAUGUUGAGACUUAUGCUGUAGCAAGAAAUAUUGAGGAGCCCACUGUUGAGAGAGUCACUCCAGUCAUCCCUACCAAAGUCUGGCAAACCACUUCAAGCAAGAUUGUCUCAUCUAGGAUUGAUUCAUCAGAAGAUGAGUCAUCAUCCUCCGAAAUCCUUCAUAUGGAUGAUGAAGCUGACGACCUUAAACUCAAACACAAGAUUCGUACAUUUGCAAAGAGGUACUGUGCCAAGUACCAUGAUGUAGGACUGAAGGCUUGCUUCAAGGUUGAAACUGAAAAUGGUGCUUCCAUCCAUGACAUUGUUUUGUACAAACUGGCCGGAAGCCACAAUGUCUCUUUCUCUGUGACACCAAUGGAAGGUGAAGCUGUUGAGAGAUUGGAGAUGGAGAUCAGGGUUGGAGCAAAGGCAGCAGAGAAGAUCAUUAAACGGAUCCAUCUGAACAAAGACGACAUGGAUGAGAAUGACAUGGAAAUGAACGACCCAGUUCGGAUGAAGCUCAACAAAAUCCUGUCUUCCAGAAGUAACAGCUCCUCCUCAUCAUCCUCCUCUUCUUCCUCCUCCUCGUCCUCCUCAUCUAGCUCCAGAAGCUCUGAUUCAAGCCGUUCCUCCAAGACGUCAUCUGCCUCUUCUAGCUCAUCAGCCCGUUGGAAAAGAAAGACAAUCAAUGCAGCUGCUAUACGCACCAACAGCAGUAGCAGUAGCAGCAGCAGCAGCAGCAGCAGGAGCAGGAGCAGCAGUAGCAGCAGCAGCAGCAGCAGCAGCAGCAGCAAACGCAGCUCUUCAAGAUCUGUCAGCAGCUCAUCCAGGACCAGCUCUGCAUCAAGCCUUGCAUCGCUCUUCAGUGCUAGCUCAAGUUCUUCAAGUUCUUCUAGCUCAAGUGCUCGUGACUCAAGGCUUUUACUAACUUCAAUAAAAACAUUCUUGGAGCAGACUCUCACCUCCAAAUCAGAGUCCCGGAGUGGAAGCAGUGCAGCCAGCUUUGAGGCCAUCUACAAAAAGAACAAGUACCUUGAGGAUGAGGAUGCCAUCUUGGCUGUCAUCUUCCGUGCCGUUAAAGCUGAUAAGAAAAUUAAGGGAUACCAGCUCGUUGUCUACCUCGACCAACCAAACUACAGAGUUCAAGUCAUUUUUGCUCCUCUUGCUCAUGAGAACAACUGGAGGUUCUGUGCUGAUGGCAUUCUGCUCAGCAAGCACAAAGUUACUGCUAAAUUUGCCUGGGGAGAAGAAUGCAAGAAGUACAGCACCAUGGUGACUGGAGAAACUGGCCUUGUGGGGUCAAGCCCAGCAGCUCGCCUCAGAAUGUCCUGGGAAAGACUUCCAUCUGUUUUUACACGCUAUGGAAAGAUGACAUAUAAAUACAUUCCUGUUGAAAUCCUGGAGGACCUGAUUAAAGUAAAGAGUGAGAACAGCACCAGGAAUAUCUCCAUCACUGUGGCUGCAACAUCCAACAGGACACUUGAUUUCAUUACAAAGACACCAAUGAGGAAAGUCCACAACAUGACUAUGCAUCUUCCUAUAACUAUGCCAAUCGAGGAGCUCGAAAGUUCCAUUCCCUUUGAAGAAGUCUUUGAGAAAGUCCACUUCAUGGUUUCCAAGGCCAUUGCAGCUGAAUGUAGCUACAUCAAGGAUAAUCUGACCACAUUUAACAACAGGACAUACACACACAAGAUGCCCUCAUCUUGCUACCAGGUUUUGGCCCAGGACUGCACAGAGGAGCUGAAAUUCAUGGUUCUCCUCAGGAAGGAUUCAACGGAGCAGCAUCACAUCAAUGUCAAAAUUGCUGACAUUGAUAUCGACAUGUAUCAAAAGAAAGAUGAUGUGGCUGUGAAGGUCAAUGAAAUGGAAAUUCCCCUAACCAACCUGCCAUACCGUCACCCAACAGCUUCCAUUGAGAUCAGACGUAGAGGAGAGGGCCUUUCUGUGUAUGCACCUAGCCAUGGUCUCCAGGAAGUCUACUUUGACGAGGAUACAUGGAGGAUUCUAGUUGUGGACUGGAUGAAAGGCAAGACCUGUGGACUCUGUGGAAAGGCUGAUGGGGAAGUCAGACAGGAGUAUCACACCCCUAAUGGACGUGUAGUGAAGAACUCUGUCAGCUUUGCACAAUCCUGGAUUUUGCCAUCUGAUACUUGCCGGGAUCCUUCUGAGUGCCAUCUGAAGCUCGAGUCUGUGCCCCUGGAGAAACAAGUUACCAUCCAUGGUGAGAACUCCAAAUGCUUCUCUGUUGAGCCUGUGCCACGCUGUCUGCCUGGUUGCGUUCCCACCAAAACCAUAGAUGUCACUGUUGGUUUCAACUGUCAGCCAGUUGAUUCUCACACCAGUGUCUUCGACAGAAGCGUAGACCUGAGGGAAACCACACAGGCUCACCUGGCCUGUAAAUGCAAUGCCAAGUGUGCUUAAAACCACCAUCUCC